GGCAAAUAAAUAAAGAGUAUAGUGGUGGUGAAGAAGAUGAAUCUAUAACCUCGAAUUAUGUUACUGCAAUGAAUUACUUUGCAUAUCGACUUCAUCUUGAUCACUCUGAUAAGGAAAUUGUUUUGUAUC